AUGAUCAUCGGCGUCUUAUUACUGCUCCAAAUUCAUCAUAUAGAUGCUGCUUUCUCUCCUGAUCGGUCUAAUUACAAUGCAUAUGGGGUAAAAAUCGCUAUGAAUGAUAUAUUUCUUGUGCAAGCACAGAAUGCUCAAGUUCCGCCAAGUUUCUUUAUUCAAUUUGCACCAUACAACAAUACACAAAGUUUAUUGCAGUGUUCAAUUAAUUAUGAUAAUAUACAAAAUUAUGUUCACACAGUUGCUGUUGGAAAAAACCCGAAUCAAAAUCAAGUACAAUUUUUCUUUGCCGGUGAAGUACUAAAUACUGACAAUGGAACAUUUAUUGGCGUGGCAAAAUAUAAUCUAACGAGCAACGUUUCGAAUCCAUCGAACUUUUGUGUGUCAGGUUUCUCUUACUUUACUCAAUACCUAUCUAAUUAUGCACAUCAAGAAUACUAUAUCAUUGGAGUUGAACCGAAGGGUCUUCUUGUCUAUGGAUUUGCUAAUGAUUUUAUCUUCAUCUUUGAUUCUCAGAAUGUUUCAACUUUCGAAUCAUGGAAUAGCAGCUUAACAUGGCCAAACGUCUCAUUUACACCCCAUGCAGUUGACAUCAGUGACAAUUUUGGUGUUGUUGCUGGUUUCAUUAAAAAUGAUCCGAAUGGAAGAGUCAAAUUUAGUCCAAUCAUUUAUCUCCUUAAUUUCAAUUCAUCUAAUCAUCAUCCGAUUGUUGUUGAUCAACAUGUACCAUAUGCUACUCCAGGUACAUGGCAAGAUUUAUUAAUCAAUGACGAUGCAGAUAUUUAUUCAGCCAAAUACAGUAUGUCAAUCAGUAUCAAUAGUCGUGGUUAUGUUUUAGUUGGUAUGCAAUUCAUCAAUAGAGUUUUUUUAUUUUCGGUAAACAUCAAUAAUCCGAUAUCAUUAGUGAACAUUAGUAGAAACACGAAUGGUCGGUCAUUAGGAAAUGGAAAAAGUGUAGCUUGGUUAAAUAAUGAAAGUAUGGCCGCAAUACUUGUCAACACAUAUACAUUAGCGUAUCAGUGGGUGUCAUCUCAAAUUUAUCUAUAUGAUAUGACACUGAACAAUUAUAGUUCUGAUAGCACUCAACUCUCGAUUUUUCCUAAUUAUCAUCAGUCAUUACCUGCAGGAUUUAGUUCCAUAUUUUUAAAUAUCAUUUCGUCAUCAACAUCAUUAACUUUAAUGGAUGAUAUUGGAACUUUACUAAUAUUCAUUCCUACAGGACCAGGCCUAUUCCCAUUAAUGCCAGACACAGCAUCAAUACCAACUAUUACAUCUCCAAAAGCAUGUCUACCAGGUAUGUAUAAAAGUAAUUACGGUAUCAAUGAUUGCACGCUCUGUCCAGCUGGCACGAAAGCUUCUGUCAAUGGUUCAAUUAACUGUAUGGCAUGCGCGCCUGACUCAUUAUGUUCUCUUGGUUCAACAGGCGAAGUACCCAACUCUGAACUUCAAAAUCGUGACCAAGUAAUUGCUUAUCCAGAAUCACCUGAGAGUACCAUAUUUGAAGAGAUAUUAAUUCAUAAUAUGUUCUAUAUUGGAUCUGGCCGUUGUUUGGUUAUAUCACCCUUGUUUUGGUCAUUGCUCGUAACUGGCUUUGCUUUUCUCAUUAUGAUAAUUGUAGCAAUACUAAAUUUUUGUACCAUGAAUCCAGAAGGUACUCAAGUAAAGAAAAAAAUUCAGUAUACAUUCAAAAAAAUUGACAUGAUUCGAGAAGGUGAAUUAUGGGUGGGUGGUUUAGCAUCAUUGUCACUAAUAGUGAUGCUUAGCUUUGCUUAUGCAUUUAGUAAUGGCUACUUUAAGGAAUAUCCCAUUGAAUCAGUAUCUGGCUUCAAUCUUGCCUGUGAUACAUCAAUGCGUAAUGCUAAGUUUCAAACGGGUCUUCGAUCAUUGGGUAUAGCUCCUGACGAGGCCGAACAUGAAAUGUUUCAUUUGUUAGAUGGACAAAGCUUUACUCUCAAUGUUGCUUUUCUUAAUACAUUAAUUGCUUGUGAUGCCAUAUCGAUUCAAGCUCUAUUUGGUACAACUUGGUCGACAAUUCGUUGGUCCAAUUGUACAAAUAUAACUUCGGUUCUAUCCUUAUCGAUUUCGCUGCCUUCUCAACAAACAUCGAUUGAGAUCUCCAUUGCUGAUAUCGGUACCAUUGGAGCUUUGCGUAUAGGCUUAAGUGGUCCUACAAUGGAAAAAGAUUUAUAUUAUUUACGAGAACUGAACGCUUAUCGAUCUUUUUCACAGAACGGCAGUGCUCUAGCACAUACAUUGGCUGUGUCUCUAACAACAACAAAAGUUAUCAAUGAAACAGUACCGAUAGACGGCCAUGACUCAAAUUAUACCGGUAUCUAUGCUCUUACAUAUGGAGCUAAUUUGAAUAGUCUAUUUCUUUCACAAGCCGCGUAUUCUCAGUUAACAUCAACAGAGACAAUAUUGACUGUAGCGAUAGGUGAAUCAACCUAUUAUGUUAAAAACGUGCAAGAGCCAAUCGUUAAACGAGCUGAGCUAAUAUUUCAUAACCUGCUAUUUACUGUUGUUUGUUUUGAAAUAUUUGGUUUGCUAUUCGUAGUUUACAAAUUGAUAUUCGAACCAAUGUAUAAUUUAAUCGUUCGCAUGUAUUAUCGUCGACGUGAGCGAUAUCAAGCAAAUGAUCAAAAGAACAAUGAAGAACUCACAUCCAUCGAUCAUAGAUCAAAUGUUGAACCACCGAUGGUAUGCGCUUUCUAG